AUGAAUCUGCUCAAGAAACUUUCACACACUUCUUAUGGUUCUGAUCGUCAUACCUUACUCAAACUAUUCCGCACACUCAUCAGACCAAUUUUAGAUUAUGGAUGUUCUGUCUAUACUUAUGCCCCUGAUAGUCGCCUACGCAGGCUAAACACUAUUCAAAAUACAGCUGUCCGAAUUUCCACUGGAGCCUUUAGAACUACCCCCACUGUAAGCCUUCUUAAUGAUGCUUCUGAAUGCCCACUUGACAUACGUAGACAAUAUAUUUCCACAUCAACAUACUUGGGCAUAAAAUCAAACCCUGACUUCAACUUAAAGUUGGAAUAUAUAAUUCCUAUACAUUCACUAUCUGUAAAAUUCCAAUCUUUUCUCCAACAAAUUGAAGAAAAUAUCAUUAAAAUACACCACUUGUUAGUAAACCCUAUCCCACCUUGGCAAUCUUUUAACCCUAUUAUUGACCUAUCCUUGACAGAAUUUAACAAAAAUCACACCAACUCCAUCAUACUUAAAAGACAUUUUCUUCUCCUUCUUGACAAGUACGAAGAAUUCAGUCAUAUAUAUACUGAUGGUUCAAAAACUCAACAAUUCACUGGAUGUGCAAUCAUUCAUGGCGAUGUAUCUAUCCCCAUUGCUCUCCCCUCCCUUUGCACUAUCCUUACUGCUGAACUAUAUGCAAUUAAAUCUGCAAUUUCAUAUUCCCUUGAUUUUUCUUUAAAUAAUGUCAUAAUUUUUACUGACUCUUUAUCUGCUCUUUUAUCAAUAAAAAACUAUAGGUCAAAAUAUUCACACCCUAUAUCACUUGAGAUCAUUGAACUCCUUCAACUCUUCCAAAAUAACACACCCAUACUAUGUUGGAUACCUUCACACUCCCAGAUUCAAGGAAAUGAGCUAGCAGACAAAACAGCCAAACAGGCACACCUCCACCUCCCCCUUGCCAACAUACCAAUCCCUCUAUCUGAUUUGAAACUCCAUUCCAAAAGACUAAUGCACGAAGUAUUUCAAUCUUCAUGGUCUCAAGUCCCAAGUUCAAAUAAACUCAAAAGCAUUAAAAACACCACAUCUUUAUGGAAAACUUCUGAGCAACAUCAACGUAAAUCUGAGGUUCUUCUCACGCGACUCAGGACUGGCCACUCCCUUCUCACUCACCAAUUCAUAUUCCUGAAACAGCCUCCUCCGUUAUGCCCAGAAUGCAACAACAUCCCCCUAAACAUUGCUCAUUUACUAAUAGACUGCCCUUCCUACCAGAAUGAACGCUCCAGACACCUAAGUUCUAACCAACUACAGGUCCUCCUCUCUGACAACCCUUCUCGCACAGACGAAGUAAUUAAAUUUCUAAUCUCAACAAAAUUAGAUAAAAAAAUUUAAAAUUGUAUGUACAUACUUAUCUUUAUUUCCUGUAUAACCUAAUUUUAAGCUUUUCACUCGUAAAUACGAGCCUCUAGCCGAUAAGUUGCUGUAUAUGGCUCAUUAAAUGAAAUAAAAAAUAAAAAAAAAAGCAUAAAAAGCAAUAAAAAUCCACUUUAAACUGGCGAAAUUACAGCAAAAACUCGAUUAAACUUUAUAAAAAUUGCUUUAAACAGCAUUGAAAAUAAUUAUGAUGAAAUUGCUCAAACAGGGUGUAGGUCACGAAAGUCGGAAAAAAGUCGCGAAUUUUGAAAAGAAAAGGUCGCGAAAAAUCACCAAAAUGUCGCUCAAAAUCGGACGACUUUGAAUUUUAAAAACGUCUCUUAUUAUCAUUCAAUAAAUUUUAAAUGAUUAUUUUACACUAAUUUUUAAAUUAAAAUCAUAUUCAAUAUUUGUGACACUGUAUUUUGUUCAGUUGCAGUAAUAGCCAGUAAAAAAAAAAGUCGCGAAGAAAGAUCGCGAAAAAUCGCGAUUUUUGAACAUCAAAUUUUGGUAUAAGUAGAAACCUUGUUAAAAACCUGAAAAUUAUGUAAAAAUCACUGAAAAAUUGAUUUAAAAAAUCUCGAAUAAAAUAUUUUUACAAUUUCUUAAAAACGUGAAAACAAAAAAAAUAAUGAAUUAAAAUCAUCAAAAUCUGUUGCAAUUUGAGCAUAAUUUAACAGAAGUUGUAAAAAAAUGUUAAACUGUGUUGAAAUUACUUCAAAACGUGGUUAAAUUGAUUGAAAGUUACCAAAAACUGAUCAGUAGUUCGAGUAAAGCUCAGCAUAAAACUACAUUAAAGUAUCUCCUUUUGUAUAUGGAAAAUGUUGUUGUUGUUUUCAAAAACCGGACAGUUGAAUAAUUUAAACUAGGUACCAAAAGUACGUAUGUAUUUUCAUUGUAAUGUAGCAUGAAAAAGUCCAUAAAAAAAUGUAGUGUAUUUUUUAUCCAUCUGGCAUUGAAAAUUUUUUACGAUGAUAACGCUGUGUGUGGUCCAUGGUUCAUUCAAUGUCACACGCGCACGUGAAACCUGACCCUAAGAUGGACCAAGUGCAAAGAAAGAAAACAGUUACUAAUAUCGAAUGCAUUCGUAGUAUAAGCACAUCUUACAAGACUUAAGAUUUUAUUCAUAAUCGUACUUUGCCUAUUCACCAGAUGUAAAUAUGUAUGUAUGUAGUACUUCGCUUGUACUCGUCGUACUCGAUACUUACUCGUAUGCUGUGGAAAUUCCAUCGAGCUGUGCACUGUGAGACGAAGAGAGGAACAGAAAGGUCGCAAAAUACACGACGCUUCUGAGUUCGGCGGCGAGGCUUUGUUGGAAUGCGCGAAUAGUAAUAGGAACGGAAACAACGAAAUAUGUACGACUUUCACUAGAAAUCUAUGUGUGAAGAGAUGUGUUGUGGAUACGAUGAGAAUAUAUGGUAGACGAGACUAGACGCGGCUAGUCUACGUGUCUUUCGCCUUUUUGUAGAAAUUUGAACCUGCUAACGUGUAUACUGUAUGUACAUUUUAUAAUGCGUAGAUAAAAUAAUCAUUAAUUGAUGGAUAAAGCGAAAACAACGUCGUCGUCAUGUGGGAAUUUUUUUCAUUUCGU